AUGGAGACGCCAAAGUCACGACACUGCUACAAGAGCGACAACGAAAAUGGAAUUGUCAAUGAGGAAGAUAUAGGGAGUGAAUCCAAGUUCUCGAUUUCGAAACAGGAUACAUUGACGCUUCUGGCAAUGGCCAGCCUGAGCUUGAUGGCAGCGCUGGAUGGGACGUCUAUUUCGGUUGCUUUGCCGAUAAUGUCUCACGAGCUGGGAGGAACCACGAUCGAAGCCUUCUGGACAGGAACAUCAUUCACACUGUGCUCUGCCGUAUUUCAGCCAGUAUUCUCAUCAUUAUCAGACUUGUUCGGUCGGAAAAUAUUCGUGCUUGUCGCGAUCGCAUGGUUUACAAUUGGAACAAUUGUGGCCGGAGCCGCCAAUAACUUCACCCACAUGCUCAUCGGUCGGUCUCUACAGGGAAUUGGAGGCGGUGGUAUCAUCGUCCUCACUGCUAUCCUCAUCGCGGACAUCGUGCCUCUUAGUGAAAGAGCGAAAUACUUUGGGAUGCUGAGUGCGAUCUGGAGUUUGGGAACAGUGGUAGGGCCUGUCAUUGGAGGUUGCUUUGCAGAGAAAGUCACAUGGCGCUGGAUUUUCUACAUUAAUUUCCCGUUUAUUGGAAUUGGGGCGAUCUUGGUUGCUUGGUCUUCCAACCUGCGGGUGAGAAACGAGACUUUUGCUACUCAAGUGCGAAAGAUUGACUUCGCUGGAAUUGCCCUUUUUAUCCCAAGCUCUGCUUCAUUCUUGAUACCGUUGACUUGGGGAGGUGUACUAUACCCUUGGGACUCAUGGCACACAUUGGCCCCAUUGAUUAUCGGGUCAGUCGGACUCUGCAUUUUCGCGAUAUAUGAAUGGCGAGUUCCGCGAUAUCCAAUGAUCCCACCAGCAAUCUUUCACAGCCGAACGGCCCUCAUAUCAUUCGCUGGUUAUGCUGUAGUCGGUCUGCUUGUCUGGUGCUGUCUAUACUUCCUUCCGCUCUACUACGAAGCCGUGAAAGGAUUCAAGCCUAUAAUGUCCGGAAUCGCUCUUUUCCCCGAGACAUUCACCGUCGCUCCGAGCGGAGUAAUUGUUGGCCUUCUCAUCAGUCGAACGGGUCAGUACUACUGGGCUGUCUGCAUCGGAUGGUGUCUAUCCACUAUUGGAACGGGCCUGCUGUGUCUAUUGGAAGCUAACACCCGAACCACCACCUGGAUCUUCUUAAAUAUGGUGCCUGGCAUCGGUAUCGGAAUGGUGCUUCCUUCCGUCGCACUGGCAGUGCAGGCAUCGGCAAAUGCUGAGAACCUCGCCAUUGCGGUGGCCACAUCUACUUCUUUCCGAGGCUUUGGGCAGUCUAUUGGUGUGGCGAUUGGGGGUGUUAUCUUUCAGAAUCGGAUGAAGAGCAAUCUUUUGCACUAUCCUGCCCUGCAAUCGUUGGCGGAUAAGUACAGCGGGGAUGCGGCUAGCGCGGUGGAAACUAUCAGAGGAAUGCAUGGUCCGGUCAAGGAGGAACUUCAGCAGGCUUACGCUGAUAGUUUAAAAAUAGUGUGGGCAUUUUGCUGUGGCAUUUCUGGAUUGAUGUUUAUUAUCAGCCUGUUCACCAAGUCUUAUGAUUUGAACCGAACUCUUAUUACGAAGCAGCGGUCUGAAAAAGAGGAGAUAUAUGAACGAGAGAAUGAGAGUGUUGAUGACUGA